ACUGUUUGGAAAACGAAUGUGAUGCAAGUAGUGGAUUUUGUAAAGAAUGUAGAGAUGGAUACUUUGGACCAAAUUGUAUUUCCAAAUGCGAAACCGACUGCAAAAUUUGCAGAAAGAGUGAUGGUGUUUGUACAGCAUGUGUCGAUGGUUUAUACGGUGACAGCUGUACUUUAUCAUGUGGAAACUGUGAGAGAUGCAUGAAGGACACGGGGCAUUGUCUAUCCACGUGCACUUCUGGAUACGAAGGAAAUACAUGCAUGUCAAGAAAAAUGUCACCUGAAGCACCAAGUGGCAACACCGGGACGAUUGUGGGCGUUAUUGUUGGAUUAGUUGUCGUGAUAGUAAUAGUAGUUGUCAGUCUGUUCCUUAUCAGAAGACGCAGACAAAAUGGAGCAAAAGAGAAACCCUUUGAUGAUUUGAGCCGAAAUAGACUGCCAAACUCGUUUCAUCGUAACGAUGAUGGCACCGCUGCAAGUAUUUAUGCCAAUGCUGCUCUUGAAGAAAAAUACGUUACAGAAACCCAGACAGGGGACGGAAAUGUGUACAUGAAUGCUGAUGAUGUAACCAAGGUUGAAUAUACCGCCCCUACAGAUCACACGAACGUUUACGCCAAUACCAACGAUGCUUUCGACGAUCCCUCUGGAGCAGUGUACUACAACUCCGGUCUGUCUGGUACAGCUAUUUCGGACUUCAAAGCAAUGGUGGACACUAAGAUGCUUAAAAAGGCUAAGGCAUUUGAACUCGAAUACGAGUCGCUACCUUCCGGGGACCUUCAUGAAAAUAAAAUCGGGAUGAAGAGCGAAAACAGGCCGAAAAACAGGUUCAAGUCUACCUUCCCAUAUGAUCAUUCCCGAGUAGUUCUUGACAAAGUGGACAACGAUGCGCAGUCAGAUUACAUCAACGCGAACUAUAUUGAUAGUGUUUGCUUACCAGCUGAGUAUAUCGCAACACAAGGUCCCAUCGACAAAACUGUAGGUGAUUUUUGGCGUAUGAUCUGGCAGCUGAAAUCUGGAAAAAUCGUUAUGCUGACCAACCUUCUCGAAGGAACUAAGAAAAAAUGUUCAAAAUACUGGCCUGACGAGGGGGAACCGAUGUCUACAAAACAUUUCAAAAUUGUGCUUGACAGAGAGAGGGUCUACGCAUUCUAUGUGAUCAGGGAUAUCACAGUCACCGAAAAGAAGACUAAUACAGUACGGCAAAUACAGCAGUUCCACUACACCACAUGGCCAGACCACGGGACCCCGGAUCCUAACGAACUUGUCGUAUUCCAUCGUCGGGUUAUAAAUUACAAAAGUGACCUAACUGGAAAGAUGGUGGUUCAUUGCAGCGCUGGUAUCGGACGAACAGGAACGUUUAUCGCCCUGGAUGCUUUAUGGAAGUAUGGAAGAGAAUUCGGAGUUGUUGACGUCAUACGCUACGUUAAAAUCAUGCGGAAAGACAGGAUAAAUAUGGUUCAAACGAGUGAACAAUACAUCGCUCUCCACCACAUCCUGAUUGAGGCCUUUGACAUGCCAGACACGCUGAUAUCGAGAGAGAAGUAUCAUACAAAACUGAGCAGUCUACAGAGUGACACACCAGAUAACCAAACAGAGUUGGCUAGGGAAUAUCAGUUAACCCAAGACCUGAAACCGGUAUAUACCGAAGACAACUCCAGAGCGGCUUUAUUACCCAAGAACAAGGAUAAGAACAGGCACUCAAAUAUCUUAGCAGUUGAUAAAUUCAGGGUUUACCUCAAUACAUCCGCUCCUGGAAGAACAGAUUACAUCAACGCCGUCAUAGCUCCUUCUUACACAUCAAGAAAAGGCUACAUAAUUACCCAGAAUCCCCUGGAGAACACUGUGGAAGAUCUACUGAUAAUGAUAAUGGACAACAAUUGUGAUACCAUUGUAAUCAUUGAAAAAGAUAAAGUUGAAUGGUUACCAGAACAGGACAAAGACAAAUCUAUCGGAGGAUUUACACUUAAAUAUGAAGGAGGGUCAUCGAGUCUAUCUAAUACUGAUGUUACAGAAGUUGCAAUCUCAAAUCCGGACCGUGAUUAUGAUUCAAAAGUCAGGGUGUUCCACAUGUCUGAUUGGGAUGGCGACGUGUCAGUACCGCCAGAUUCUCAGGGUCUACUUCAACUUCUAGAGCUAGUCGACAGCAGGCGGAAAUCAAAUCACUCAAAACAAACAGUGGUCAUGUGCAGAGAUGGCUAUUCCCAAAGCGGACUCUUCUGCUGUAUCAGCAAUGCCCGGGAUCAGAUGAAAACUGAUGAAGAAGUCGACAUAUUUCAGGUCACUAGACAAUUACUUGUCAGGAGACCGGAAUUCAUCACGUGUUAUGACCAAUACCUGUGCUGUUACUAUAUAAUCAGAGAUUACCUAGAUACCACAGAGGUGUAUAUAAACUGACACUGUAGGACAGUGUUAUACAACACGAUCAAGGAUUAUCUAGACACCACAGACGUUUAUAUAAACUGACACUGUAGGACAGUGUUAUACAACAUGAUCAAGGAUUAUCUAGACACCACAGACGUGUAUAUAAACUGACACUGUAGGGACAUUUUAUACAACAUGAUCAAGGAUUAUCUAGACACCACAGACGUUUAUAUAAACUGACACUGUAGGAUAGUGUUAUACAACAUGAUCAAGAAUUAUCUACACACCACAGACGUGUAUAUAAACUGACACUGUCGGUCAUUGUUAUACAACAUGAUCCAGAAUUAUCUAGACACCACAGACAUUUAUAUAAACUGACACUGAAGGACAGUGUUAUACAACAUGAUCAAGGAUUAUCUAGAUACCACAGACGUUUAUAUAAACUGACACUGUAGGACAGUGUUAUACAACAUGAUCCAGGAUUAUCUAGAUACUACAAACCUGUAUAUAAACUGACACUGUAGGUCAGUGUUAUACAACAUGAUCAAGGAUUAUCUAGAUACCAUAAACCUAUAUAUAAACCGACAAUGCAGGGAUAGUGUAAUAUAAUAUGCUCAAGUAUAAGCUAACAGUGUUGGACCAAUGUGUAAGACCGAUACGGGGGAAAACAUCAGUAAUGGUCAUUAGAGAUGUCACUAUCCUCGCAUGACAAUUGCGAAAUUAUACAAGUCAAUCAAAGAUGAGUGUUAUAUUGUACUGUUAGUAUUGAUUUAUAAGCUAGAGUUGCUCAAUCAGUAGUGAUUCGUUAAAAUAGCAUACCUUUAGCGAAUGGACUGCACCAUACUUAUCUCAUGAUGAUAUUUUCAUGUUAUGAUAUUGUUAUACUGUUUUUAUACUGUUUAGAUGAGAACAUUUUGAGUUUAUUCAUAUUUACAAGAAUUUUCUUUAAACUAUAGUAUCUAUCUUUAUUUUGUUAAAAUAUGUAUCAUGGAAAUUUCAAAAACCAUAGAUUUACAGUUAUUUUAGGAUAAUCGAGACAGUCACAGUCAACUUGUCCAUGCAACAGACAAAGUCAAAUGAGGACAGAUGCCAAGACGGCACUGCAAGAAAACAAAGGCACAGAAAGAAAGAAAGACCAGACAGUAACGAAAAGAAACAGAAAAGAAAGGAUCUGCGAUUGGACAGCCGAUCUAAUGUGGUCUCUUUGGUGUCUCCUAAACAGAAGAAAAAGAAAUAUCCAACUAUGCAGAGAGAGAAAAUCUAGUCGCCUUUUACAAAUAUGCAAUGAUUCAGAGUAGGCUGAACUCAUUGUCUAUCCAAUGUCGUGAUAACUUUCCCUGAUAAAAUUCAAGUCACUUUUUGUGUUCUAUAUUCGAUUAACUAGACUUUUUGUAUUAGAUGUGCCGUAUUUUGUAUUCUAUGCUACGUGUGAUACAUUUCAAUAUGUUUUUAUAUAGUUGAUGAUAUAUUUAAAAUUUAAUUAUGCGUAUUUUGUACUUAAUACUGUGUCUGAUAUAUUUUAAAUAUGUCUUUAUAGUUGAUAAUACAUUUAAGAUUUAAUAUGUAUUGUAUAUUGAUAUUUGUAUUCUUUACUUAAAUAAUAUGUACACAGCUCUAUUUAGGGAAAGUAAAAUACUAAAUUUAUGUAAGAACAUGACGAAAAAAACAUUUAACAUACGUGUAUUUGUAAAAAGGAAAUCUCCGAUUAUUGAUGAACGCAUCCAAACACGUGCUAUGUAAGCUAUAACCAGAUACUUUAUUUCAUACCAGUUAUUACACAAAGAAUCUCAGCAGUUUUCAUGAAUAUCAAAUCACUAUAUAAAAAUGUACUAGUAUUACUAGUAUCCUUCCCUUCACAGAAACGUGUACAUAGGUACAAUGUGAUAAAUAAGUGACAAGAUGACAAUACACUACAUUGAUAUUAUAUUGUCUUGAUCAAAUCUCACUUAAGUUGUUUGUAUGUUUUGUCAUGAUUAUUUGUAAGAAUGUUAAAAAAUAAAAAGAACAAAAUACAAUU